AUUUCUGUAUAUACAUAUAUAUACACACAUACUCGUAUUUAAACGUCCUCCUCAAGAGCAGUGAUACAGCGGUGGCUCUGAGGCAAAAUCAAACGGACACCAUUUGUGUGUGAUUACGGCAGUGGCACGGAGGUCUUGUAUUCAAAUGAUGUUAGGAUCUUUUAUAGCACGUUUUGCGUUUUUUGCUCAACCUGUCAAGUAUUGCGGUUUUCAACCUCAUUACACCCGUUCUCAGAACGAGAUGGGUGGAGCAACGGGGAAAUUUCGUUGUACAGCAGCUUGGAUUGUUUGCCCAGAUUUCCUUUUCCUGGAAAAAAAACCCCGGCAACUCGUUUCCUGUGAAUUUAGCUUAACUGAAACCCCCCAAAAAUAUGCCUCACUAACUUAUUGUACAAUUAAUUUUAAAUUCAAACGAUAAAAAAUGGUAGAAACAUACCCCACAAUUAAAAUAAAUAAACAGACGGCAGAAACAUACACGAUACAGCACAUUGCGAAAUCCCUCCCGCAUGGACUCCAACGUGGGCAGCUGCGGCUCGCGUUGAUGUCGUCAUAGGCACUGAAAUAUGACUCUAUUCCCAGAACAUAAUUCUUGGAACUGAGCUCAUAAAGUCAAACCCACUGGACUUUUCCCCGCUCCGGUUUUCCAGAUAACGUGAAUCACAUUUCCUCACCACUUUAAGCUCACGACUCGGUGCCUUGCGGUCUUCAUUGCUUUGUGUUUGCUUUUAUAAAACACAUCUGACUAUUUAAGGACGGGUUACAAGUGCUUCUUUCAGUCUUUCGGAGUAUGGUAGACGUAUCGCAUUGAUUAAAUUCAAGUCACUUCUCCGUUACUUUUUUCUUCUUUUUUUCACAAAACUGACGAAGCAUUACAUAUUUCAUUAUAGUUUGGACUCUAUGGAAUUAUUCUGCCUUUUACAUUAGUUAGGUUUACUUUUCAAAACAGAAAAAGAAUACCGGUCUACGGGAUUUAACAGGAUUCUGUCAUGAUUCUUUGUGUACAAGGCCACAGAACCCUGCUGCCAGCUCCCGUCGACAACGUGCCUCCGCUGACCAUGCGGGCAGAGUCGCACCAUGGCUUCCAUUCCCCGGCGUCGCUGCAUUGUGCCACCCAGCUAUGGGACCAAGCAAAGGACUUGAUCUCCAUCGCUCAGACUUUGCAGUACUUGAACGCCUCAGGGUGGUACUGGGGGCCCGUUUCAGCAGGAGAGGCUCGGGCCAUGCUGCAGGACACCCAGGAGGGGACCUUCCUCGUGCGGGACAGCAGCCACCCCCAGUAUAGGCUGACCUUGUCAGUAAAGACAGGACGCGGCCCCACCAACGUGCGCAUUGAGUACAGCGAGGGCCAAUUUCGCCUGGACUCUAGCAGACUAGCCAAGCCUCGGCUGCAGGCUUUCCCCGACGUGCCCAGUCUAGUGCAGCACUACGUGAAAUCCAACCGUACAGAAGAGGACAGCCAAGGCCACACCCCCAGCCCCACCCCGCCACUGCCCACACCCAAGGAGAAUGCACUGCUACUGAAACUGGUCAAACCACUGCUACGAUCGCCGUGCCCCUCCCUACAGCAUCUGACACGCCUUGCCAUCAACCGCUUCACUCCUUGCCCGGACCAGCUGCCCCUGCCUCGCCCACUCUUGCUCUACCUUAAAGAUUAUCCCUUCCAACUGUGAGGGUCUUGGCACCUCCUCCCCCAAGCCUGUGGAACACCGAGCUUUUCGGUCUUAUGUCACGUUCUGCGAGGGCACAGGACUAAUACAGGGCGUGGAGACAGGUGUCUGUUUUAUGGGAACACUGCUGGGCAGAUUCCAGAGAGGACGCUUGACUGACACUGACGUUAAUUUUGUAAUAUUUAAAUUUUCUGUGAAGUGUAGCUUCGUCCAUGUCUUACACAAAAAAACCACAGUACAAUUGCACAUCAUGGACAUAAAGCUGGACUCUGUAUAUUCCCUUAUCUAUUCCACCCGUGCCUCCAUUGUUGUCUUAUGAAAUGGUUCUUUGUGAAGACCUUUCUGGGGUUUUUUUCUUCUUCAAUCAAUUAGGAUUCAUGUGAUUUUUUUUUUUAAAUCCCACUGUGUGGGUAUUUGUACAUAACUGUAUCUUUGUAUUUUUUAGUAAAAAUGAUUCACAUGAAUUCUAUGCAUUUUUCUUUUUGCAUUCUUCCUUAGAUGCUAUGCUGUGUAUUCAUCUGAUUUUCGUGAUAAAAAGGCAGUUUUGCACAUUACAAAUAUUGAAGUUAUAGAAUAUUGCGCACAGAAUUAUGCCAUUGCACUUUUAAAACAACCAUCUCAAUAUAUGGUUUGUAUUAAAUAAUAUAUUAUGGAA